AUGGAACCAGGAAAUGAUACAAGAAUUUCAGAAUUCUUUCUCCUGGGACUUUCAAAGGAACCAGAAAUGCAGUCCUUCGUAUUUGGACUUUUCUUUUCCAUGUACCUGGUCACCGUGCUUGGGAACCUGCUCAUCAUCCUGGCCAUCAGCACAGACUCCCACCUCCACACCCCCAUGUACUUCUUCCUCUCCAACCUGUCCUUUGUGGACAUCUGUUUCACCUCCACAACAGUCCCAAAGAUGCUGGUGAACAUGCAGACACAGAGCAAAGUUAUAUCCUAUGCAGGCUGCAUUGCCCAGAUGUACUUUUUCCUACUCUUUACAGGACUGGACAUCUUUCUGCUGACCGUGAUGGCAUAUGAUCGAUUUGUGGCCAUCUGUCACCCCCUACACUACACUGUCAUCAUGAACCCCAGGCUCUGUUCACUGCUGGUUCUGGCAUCCUGGUUUAUAAGUACCCUGAAUUCCUUGUUACAAAGUAUGAUGAUGCUGUGGCUGACUUUCUGUACAGACUUGGAAAUCCCCCACUUUUUCUGUGAAAUUAAUCAGAUAAUCCACCUUGCCUGUUCUGAUACCUUUUUAAAUGAGAUGGUGAUGUAUUUUGCAGCUGUGGUGCUGGCUGGUUUUCCUCUUGCUGGGAUCCUUUACUCUUACACUAAGAUAGUUUGCUCCAUACGUGCUAUUUCAUCAGCACGAGGGAAGUAUAAAGCAUUUUCCACCUGUGCAUCUCACCUCUCAGUGGUCUCCUUAUUUUAUUGUACAAUCCUAGGGGUGUACCUCAGUUCUGCUGCCACCAGCAACUCACACUCCAGUGCAGUAGCCUCAGUGAUAUACACAGUGGUCACCCCCAUGCUGAACCCCUUCAUCUACAGUCUGAGGAAUAAAGACAUAAAGCGAGCUCUAAGAAGAUUUCUUGGGAGGGAAACUGUGAAAAUGUAA